GAAUAUUUUCUUGGAGACACCGGAGUAAGGUGAAAAUAUAUUGUUUCUUAGUAUAGAUGAACCGAAUGAGUAUGAUGGAGCAAACUAAUUUAGCGGGAGAAGAUGAGGAUGAGAUGUAUUCAGGUUUCAACGAUUAUAAUGCCACUUUAGAUACAGAUGAUCUACAACAUGAUGAGAGCUUUCAGAAAGCUGUUAUGAGAACAAGUCAUGGGAGAAGACCACCUCCAACUGGUAAGAUUCCCGGAACAGCUGCCAAGGGGCGAGGAGCCAUGCCAUCUUCAAUGGGACGCUUGACCACUGGCCAAGCUGGAGGUGAAAUGGCCAGACCAAUGACAGCUGUAAGAGCUGCAGGUUAUACUUCUUUUGGAAACAGAGGUGGAGGUUUUGAUCCUUUAAAUCAGUCUGGACCAGCUCCACCACUUGAGCCAAAGCCAGAGGACACGCCAGAAGAGAAAAUAAAACAACUUGAAAAGAAAGUAAAUGAGCUAAUAGAAGAAAGCUGCUUUGCAAACAGUACUGGUGAUCUUAGUCUGGCAUUGGAGAAAGCUAAAGAAGCUGGUAGAAAAGAGAGAGUAUUGGUGAGACAGAGAGAGCAACAAUCCAUGGGAGACUCCAUUAAUCUGGAUCUUACUUAUUCGGUUCUUUUUAACUUGGCCAACCAGUAUGCAGCUAAUGAAAUGUACAAUGAAGCUUUGAAUACUUACAAUGUUAUUGUAAAGAAUAAAAUGUUUUCAAAUGCAGGACGUCUCAAGGUCAACAUGGGAAAUAUAUAUUUUAAGCAGAGGAACUUUCCUAAAUCUAUCAAAUUUUACAGAAUGGCCUUGGAUCAGGUUCCUAAUGCACAUAAAGAAAUGAGAACAAAGAUAAUGCAAAACAUAGGAAUAGUGUUUACUAAGAUGGGCCAGUAUAAUGAUGCUAUUACAUCCUUUGAACAUAUCAUGUCAGAAGCACCAAGUUUUAAGACUGGUUUUAACUUGAUCCUAUGUUACUUUGCCCUUGGUGAUCGUGAGAAGAUGAAGAGGGCCUUCCAGAAAUUGUUGACAGUAGAUUUAAAGGUUGAUGAUGAAGACAAAUACUUGGCGCAUAGUGAUGAUAAACAAUACAACUUAGUUGUGGAAGUAAUAAAGAACGAUUCUUUAAGACAAAAUGAACGAGCAAGGAAAUAUGAAGCUGAGAAUUGUAUAAAAACUGCAGCUAAGAUUAUCUCCCCUGCUAUUGAACCAACAUUUGCAUCUGGAUAUGACUGGUGUGUUGACCAGGUGAAGAACUCCCAGUACCUUGAUUUAGCACAUGACCUUGAAAUUGACAAGGCCAUCAUGUAUCUUAAACAAAAAGACUUCAACCAGGCUAUAGAGACUCUGAAGUCAUUUGAGAAGAAGGAUUCCAAAGUAGCAAGUACAGCGGCAACAAAUUUAUCAUUCCUCUACUUUUUGGAAAAUGACAUGGCCCAGGCAGACAAGUAUGCUGAGGUUGCCAUGCAGGCAGACAGAUAUAAUCCUUCAGCUCUUGUAAACAAAGGAAAUGUAUUAUAUACAAAAGGAGAUUUUGAGAAGGCAAGAGAGUUUUAUAAGGAGGCUUUGCAGAAUGACUCUUCUUGUGUGGAGGCUCAGUAUAAUUUAGGACUGACCAAUAAGAACCUGAAACGUUUAGAGGAUGCAUUAGACUGUUUCUACAAGCUUCACGCUAUACUGAGAAACAGUCCACAAGUUAUGUACCAGAUUGCUGAUAUACAUGAUCAAUUAGAAGACACAGCACAAGCAACAGAGUGGUUUAUGCAGUUGAUUGGUGUUGCACCAACAGAUACAUCAGUACUGGCUAGAACAGGAGAGAUUUAUGACAAUGAAGGAGACAAGUCACAAGCAUUCCAAUACUAUUAUGAUUCUUACAGAUAUUUUCCAUCCAACAUUCCUGUUAUAGAAUGGUUAGGGGCAUACUAUAUUGAUUCUCAAUUUUGUGAGAAGGCUAUACACUAUUUUGAGAGAGCUGCUAUUGUUCAACCUAACCAAGUGAAAUGGCAGUUGAUGAUAGCAAGCUGUCACAGACGAAGUGGAAAUUAUCAACAAGCAUUGGAAACUUACAAACAUAUACACAGGAAGUUCCCGGAAAAUGUAGAAUGUUUGAAAUUUUUGGUGAGGAUUUGUUCAGAUCUUGGUUUAAAAGAGGCCCAGGAGUACGCCACAAAGUUAAAGAAAGCUGAGAAAGCUAAAGAACUGAAAGACCAGCGUGCAAGUAGUGGAACAAGAAGAGGUAGUGGUCGAGCCAAACGUGAAGGUAGUGCUGGAAGUGAUCGAGAAACUAGUGCAGGAGGGUCAAGGAAACCUAGCUCUAAAGGUCGAAGGUCAGGUGGAAAUCGACUAGAAUAUGAUGAUGAUGGUAAACCAUAUCAAGUUAGCAACAAACAGGAAAUUGAUUCCACAUAUUCUGAUCCAUUAGGGCCACAGAUGGAAAGACCAAAAACAGCAGCAAAUAAGCGUAAUGACCAUGAUGAGCUGUUUGAUGAAGAUGUUGGAGACGAUCUUUUACCAGAAUAGACAAUAUAAGAAUAGAACUGAAUGAAUUAAAUAAUACAUGUAGUUCACAUAAAUAUUUAUUUAUUUAUUUAUUCCGUCCAUUGUUCAUGUGUAUUUUUGUAGAAUUUUACAUUUGAUUUUUAAAUCUUUACCAAUAACUUUAAUAUCUUAUGAAAUUUAAAAUUAUAUUAAAAAAUCUUUUUAGAUAGUCAUUAUCUAUAUAAUUGCCUUUAAGUUGACAAGACAGUGAGUGACAUUUUCAUAUUGAAAAAAUAAUUAUCUCCCUUUGAACAGUUUAAUAGUUAUGUCCCUUUGAUGUAAAAUAAGAGUAAUUAAUUAAAAGAAAUAUUUGUUUCACUUUACAUUGAUGUGUAUUGUGUUUGUUAAAGAAUAAAGGAAUGCUAGCUUGUUA